CGGAGGAGCUCCACGACGUGGCGGGAUACCUCAGUCUCUUCGAAACCCGUGGCGCCGGCCCGGGCAGCUUUUUGAACAAAGAAGGAGGGUGCUUGUCUUUGACGUCAUGCAACCAUGUGGCGCAUUUGGAAUGCUUGAAGAACUACUAUGCAAUGCAAAAGCGUCGUACUAGUAUAAAUUGCAUUUUUACAAAUUAGCCAGGCAUAUACAAAUUUGCAAUGCUGACUUACCUUGAAAAAGAGAUUUGUAAAGCCCAUAAAUGCAAUUACUAGGACUACGAUACUUUUGCACAGGAUAAAUACCUUCGCGAGACAAAGCCGAACGCAAACAACACGCGCACCCAGGAACUGUAUUUUUAUGCCCAGGAAAACAACGAGUUCGCGUGCCCUUUGUGCCGGUCCGUCUGCAACGGACUGCUACCGUUGAACGAGCCGAUUUGCAUGGAUUGCGACGUGGGACACAACCAGGAUCUUAGAAAGUUGUUCGACGAAAAUUUCGCCCAGCUGACCAAAGAAACGGAGGUGCUGUUGCAAACCGGGCUCGAAGUUUCAAAGGCAAACGGAUUGAUAAUGAUGUCAACGUCUUCCUCAGCAGGUGACGUGGUUUCCAGCACGAAUGCGAAUGGUGAAGCCGGUACAGAAGUUGCCGCGCCGUCAGGGACAA